AAAUGGGAAAAGUUUAUGUUUGAUUUUUCACAGAACCCUCCGGCUGAGACACCCCGACACCCCCUCAUCCUGUUGCCUGAAGCUGCCCACGCAGUUUGCACAACGUUGGUCCGAAGCGUUCAUAUUUACCCUGCCCAUGUGAGGAAGGGUAAAGUGCAGGGUAUAAAUGGCAAGCAGGCCAUGCACCGGGUCACCUUUACUCAACAAGUGCAGCUGAGUAGCACCAAGGCUUUUACCGCAGCUCUCCUGAUGAAGCUCCAGGCUACCCUCGCUGUCCUCGGCCUCCUGCUGGUGGGCUCCUGGGCCAAGCUGCCACCGCUGCCCAACGUCACCCUGCCGUCCUGCCACUCCCCGGAGGCCCAUGAAGGCGCACAGGCGGCUCUAGACUUCAUCAACAGCCAGCACACUCAUGGCUACAAGUACGCCCUGAACCAGAUCGAGGACAUCAAGAUCUACCCCAGGCCUGAUGGGACAGAGGUCUACAAGAUGGAGCUGGAGUUCCUGGAGACUAAGUGCCAUGUUCUAGACCCCACAUCCGCAGCUCUGUGCCCAGUUAGAACCAAGCAAGAAACGGCAGUGGAGGCCGACUGCGACGUGGCUCUCUCCAAAGCCGCCGGCGUCCUGUCUGUCGUUGCGUUCAAGUGUAAAACAGAAACAGAGACUCCUGAUUUCCCCUGUGCUGGCUGCCCUUACCUCAUUCCAUUUAAUGACACUGAUGCCGCUCAGCUGAUCAAAGCCUCACUGGACGACUACAACAGAAAUAACACCUCCAAUGCUGUUUUUGAACUUCUUGAGGUCGGACGACUGUCAUCUCAGAUCGUGGGAGGUGGGUCCAAAAUCAGAGCAGAAUUUGCCAUCAUUGAAACCAACUGCACAGCUAUUGAUGACGGUGUCUGUGUCCCUCUGCACCACACUGUUGCUCGCCACGGCUUCUGUCUUUCUGAAGGUUUGGAUCUUGGUUUGACAGUUAACUGCCACAUCUUCAGUCCCCUGAGUCAAGUUGUGGACCCGAACGUCAAUGCUAGUGUUCCUUCUGCACAGCCUCCGGUUCUCCUGCAUGCUCACACCUCUGGACCUGGUUACUCACCCACCAUCCACGCCCUCAAACACCACAAGCUGACGCCUCUUCACGACCCCACGGCCAGCGGCCUGGUCUCUGCAGAGUCUGCUGAGUCGCUGGAGGCUUCGGUGGUCGUACCCGCUGCCCCCAUCGUGAAGAGGGAUGUAGCCCCAAUAGUGGUCGGCACACAGCCUGCAGACGCACCAGUGGCUGGGCCCAUAGCGCUUGUCCGGUGCCCAGGGAGGGUCAUACAUUUCUGAGCCAGUCGCACUUUAAGACUACAGUCAAAUUACUUGCGUUAGUUCUAACGUAUAUAUUUACAUAUAUAUCCAAUAUUUCUGUCACAUGCAUGAUCAACAUGUGAUACUUUAUGAUGACCACCGUGAUAUGGGCAUGUACAGUGACAUAAAACUAUAUAUAUUCUAAUCUGGUCUUAUUAUGGUACCCUGACCAUGUGUUUGAACAAUAAAGUGUCACAUUAAUACGAAAAUUUGGAUUCGUCCCACUUCAACUCUGUAACAUGAACAUAGUCUUAGUGUGUAUCUAAGCCAUACAUCUGGCCUUUCAAGGGUUUGUUGGAGUUCUGAGGUCAACAACUGGCUGAAAACUGGGCCAUAAUCCUGACUCAUUUUGGGAUGACUGUUUUAUCCUGCAUGAUCAAACAGUUCCCACUUCAAAUGGUGCUAAAGACUAUGUAGCCCAGCUGUAGGCCAUGUAUCACCUGUACCAUUUUAAUGUAAUAAAUGACCUUCAGUCUCAGA